AUGACUUCACCACCUGAAAUCUCAUUGUCGACAUUGCCACAAUCCGCCAAAAUCGUUCUAAUUUUUGGAAAGUUGGGACACAAUGCUGUUGUUUUUGACAUUACAAACAGUGGUUUAAAAGCUGCCCUAUUCUUUCAGGCACUUAAGGAUCAAUACCCUACUGUUGUAGAAGCAAUAGAGCAAGAUCGUAAAGAUAGAAACAUAGAAAUCAUUUCAUUUGAUUCCAUCGAAGAUAUUCCAAGAGCAUAUUACAAGGGAGUUUUCAUUAGACACAGAACCUUUUGGCUGCCCCUUCCUUUAGUGGGGAUAGCCAGAAGAAAGCGAACUAUGAAAAGAGAACUAACAGCUCUCACCUGUGCUACGUAUGUAAAAAGCCAUAUCAGAUUCGGACUUAAUUUGCUGGCGCAUUUUGCUUCACCAGAAAAAGGAGACAAGAUCGGCCAACAUGCGGACGAAUUAAUUCGCUUGGCCAGAGAAAAUUCGGGAAUGGAAAAAUCCCAAGAUAUGGAGAAACCUUCAUUAUUGAAAAAAUAUACUGACCCCACUCUCAUCAUCAAAGGGAAAUGCAAUCGAAACAGCACACCAAACCAAGGAAUCUUUCCCAAUCCUUCAGCUACCUACCAGACCAUUGUCACUGAUGGUUCAUGGUAG